AUGGAGGAUGCUCCUCACGUGGCGAUGUUGGUGCUCGAUACCCCAACUCCGGGCUACUCCGAAACCUAUGGCGACUUCCACGACCAGCUCAUUUCCGUGGUCUCAGAUGCUGCCCGGAAAGGCACCCAGGAUCUUCGCUUCAUGUCUUAUGACGUGAUUGGCCAAGACCAGUACCCCUCGCUGAAAGACUUACGCAAUGGAUCAGUGUCUGCGGUUAUGUUCGGGGGGUCUCGCUACGACGCGUUUGCAGACGACGCAUGGGUCCUCAAGUUGUGCGCCUACAUCAAAAUGUUGAUUACCGACUUUCCGCACCUUCCAUUGAUUGGCAUUUGUUUCGGGCACCAGGUGAUCGGACGGGUGUUGGGAUGUAGGGUGGGACGCAGCCUUGGUGGCUGGGAAAACGGGAUUACCCGAAUGGAGCUCACUAAGGAAUUUCGGCAAAACUCUGAGUUUAUGUUUUCCAAGGAAGAGAGGUGUCCAACCUACUGGAACAUCGUGGAGAGCCACCAGGAUAUCGUGCUUGAUCUCCCAAAGGCGUACCCUGAAGUUGUUAAUGUGGGAACCACUGAAGAGUGCAAAAUCCAGGGCCUUUUUGCCGCGUCGCAAACGUUGAACCUCUUUACGCUUCAAGGCCAUCCGGAAUUUACCGCUGCCUCCUCUACGUUUUUGAUCAAGAUGUAUAUCAUGGGGUCUCCGCUGGAGAGGGAACAGAAGUGGAUUCUGAGCAACGAAACGAUGGUCAAUGACGGGGCGUUGAUGGGUCAGGCGAUCUUUGCCUUCAUCAGUAAACAGAGACGGAAAUACCAAGAGGUUAAAUGA